GAAAACAUUUAAUUAACAGGAAGCGUUUGUUUUCUAACCAUGUGAAAGGCACCAUGAGCCUAUUAGUGUUGUCUUUUCUAAUUAUUUGAAGGCACAAUGUGCACAUUCGUGCAAUUAUUACCAUGCAUGCUUUUUAAUUUAAGAGCUGUAGAGUUCACAACCUAGGAAUAUGGCUUCUUUUUUCGGACGAGCAAUAGCAGCGAAGCUGGCCAGGACACUGCAUCAGUCUGAGGACCUCUUCAUACCGGCUCUUUCCGCUGUCCCAGUCUUUAAGAAACAGCAGACUGCUGACUUGAGGCUAUCAAUUAGCAUUUUAAGAACCAAUGGGGCUCUACCAGCAAGUGGGGACAUCCAGAUGCAAACAGAACACUUGGCGAAUCAGUUAAAGCGGGACAGCUUGGUGCAGGAUAUAGCGACAGGAAGUGCUGUAAUCAACUUCACAAUUAACCGCAAACUUCUUGCUCAGAAAAUACUGGAACCGUUAGGAACGGGGCACCACGGCAAAAUUGAGCUUCACAAUGAACUUUUUAAUUCUCUUAAGAAAGGAACGACAUUAGUAGAGUACAGCUCUCCAAACAUUGCCAAAAAGUUCCACGCAGGACACUUGCGAUCUACAAUUAUAGGGAACUUCAUUGCCAACUUGAAGGAGUCUCUUGGGAACAAAGUUAUUCGAAUGAACUACCUUGGAGACUGGGGAAUGCAGUUUGGUUUGCUGGGAGCUGGAUUCAGCCAGUUUGGCAGCAAGGAGCAAUUAAAAGAAAAUCCUUUACAGCAUUUAUUCGAGGUAUAUGUAAAGGUCAACAAAGAAGCAGAGCACAACGAGGAAACCAUGCUGGCGGCCAGGGAUUUCUAUCGGCAGCUGGAGCAGAAUGAGAGUCGGGCCGUGUCACUAUGGCAACAGUUCAGGGACAUCACUGUGAGCGAGUAUCAGCAUGUUUACAAGCGGUUAGGGGUCCACUUUGAUGUCUACUCGGGGGAGUCCUUUCACCAGGAGAGAGUCCAGGAGGUGGUACGGCAGUUGCAGAACAGAGGCCUGUUAAAGACCACAGAGAAGGGGACCGGCAUAGUGGAUCUCUCAGUCGGAGACCGGAGCAACGUGUGUACUGUCCUUCGCAGCGAUGGCACAAGCCUCUACAUCACCAGGGACAUUGCGGCAGCCAUUGACCGAGAAGAAAAGUACCAUUUCGAUGAGAUGAUUUAUGUGACAGAUAAAAGUCAAACACACCACUUUCAGCAGUUGUUCCAGAUCUUGCAAGUGAUGGGACAUUCCUGGGCUGACAGGUGUCAUCAUGUACCCUUCGGCCUGGUGAAGGGCAUGAAGACCCGGACCGGAGAGGUGGUCUUCUUAGAGGACAUUCUGGACGAGGCUCGUGCCAGAAUGUUGACCAAUAUGAGCCAUUCAAAAAUGACAAAGGAAAUGGACGAUCCAGAAGACACCGCGCAGAAAGUGGGAAUCAGUGCGUUAAUAGUCCAGGAUUUCAAAGGUCCACUGCAGGGGGACUACAAGUUUGACUGGGACAAGAUGCUGCAGGCUCAGGGAGACACGGGCGUUUUCCUCCAGUACACGCAUGCACGCCUCUGCAGUUUAAUACGCAUGAAUGACGACAUCGACGCCGCGACAUUCGACGCGUCGCUUCUAAGCGAGCAGUCGGGCGUGUCCGUUCUUCAGCAUCUCCUUCGCUAUGAUGAGGUGUUGUACCAGUCGGCGCAGGAUCUGCAACCCAAACACUUACUCAACUUCCUGUUGAAGCUGUGCCACCUGACCGCCUCAGCACACAGAGACCUGCCAGUCAAAGGGAGCCCGCAGCAGAUCGCUCAGGCGAGGAAGAGACUAUUCAGCGGGACCUGCUCAGUACUAGCCAACGGGAUGAGAAUCCUUGGCAUCAUCCCAGUGGAUAAGAUGUAAACAUUGAACUUAAUCGCAACUUCCAUUAUUAGUUAUUUACAAACUACAAAACGGUUCCUCUGUACAUUCGGAAUACAAUUCCAAACUUUGUCUCGUUGUAAAUGCGUGCACUCCAAUUUGGCAUUUUACUGACACAAAAUAGAAAACACAGGCGAUGACA